AGGACUUAACUAGUGCUUGUGCUUUGCUUAAGACAACAGACGAGAGAAGAAGAAGGACCUCAAGUGCGAGGAGGAAUAUUUCAGUGAACAAGUUCAAGCUAUCAAGAAUCAAGAAAUUAUACCCUGAGAUGAUCAAGAAAAUCCGUGGGAGUAGCUCAUAAAGUGAAUUGAUUCGAGAAUUUGGUAAUAUUUCGUGAAGAAGUAAAAGUGAUGGAUGGAGAAAUGAUUCAACGGGCACCUGCGCCAAGGGCACAGUUCCAACCUGCGCAACCGCCGCAGCUUCAGCAACAACCACCCGUUGCUCAGGCACCGCAGCAGCAGCAGCAGUUCCAGCAAUCUCCCGCCGCUAACUCGGCUCCACUGCAGCAGCACCAGUAUCAGCAGCCUCUUCGCCAGGCAGUGCCAUUGCCAGUGAGCUCUGUGCCGACUGGAGCAGGGGCAGGUCAGGGAGCGAUUACUAGUUUCGCGGGAAUUCGCCAGAAUAUCCCUCCGCAGGGAUCACAACCCAUCAAUUCCCAACCGAUUCGUGCGCAACCAUUGCAGGCACAAGCGCAACCUCCAUCGCAAUUGCGACGACUCGACAGCCACGGUUCGCUGGUGGUCAAUCCAGCAGCACCAGUUGUUCAAAGCCAAGGCCCACCUCAACAACAACCAGGCCUCACGGGUCCGUACCCAAGGCCCAUCAAUCCCCAGGCGCCUGUUCAGAUUGUGAGACCACCACCUCAGCCGGGUUUGGUGCAGAGACCACCAAACUAUCCGCCCAACACCGUUCCAGGCCAAGUGCCUCAAGUGCCUAGGCCUCAGCCACCGAUUCAGGCGCCCUUGAACAGGGCUCAAUUUCCUCAGCAACCAAGACCUCAGUUUAUUCGUCAGCCCGGAGUUCAAGCACCUGUUCCAAUCCCACGUCCGGGUUUCGUAGGCCAACCGCCGCGCCCAGUUCAGCCUCCGCUGAGACAACCUGCUCUUUAUCCUCAGAAUCCAGUGCCGUCGACAAUGGCCUCUGAAGUUGUGGCCCCACCGAAGGUGCCGGAAAAUUCAGCUUCUCACUUCCAGGCAAGUCACAAUGACGACGAUGACGUGGUGAUGGGUCGCAUGCAAACGCCCUCCUAUUCGCCAGUCCCUCCGGUACAAUCACGUCCACCCACAAGCAACAUCGUCACAGGCAUACAAAACAACAAUCCUGCAGUUGCUCCCGUUACGACAACCUUUGGCAAACUCUCUGAUAAUAUGUCUAAGUCACCAUCACCUCAGCCUACGCAGAUGACAUUCCAGCAAAUGCCAGUGCAGAAGAGCGACAGUCAGCGCUCAAUUCCGUCCCGGCCACCUUCAGUGAUUGAGAAUGUAAAGCCAUCCCUUCCGGAAGCUAAUGGAAUGCCACCUAAGCCUACAGUCCCGUACACAAACUCAGCUGCACCCAUUCGAUCAAUGAAUCCAGAGGUUCAGGCCAGGCCGAAGCCUCAAGAUGCUGUUCCAACUCCUGCCGCACGACCGAAUCCUCCUGUACCUAAUGCCAGACCUCCGUUUGAGCCCACAAUGCAGAAACCACUUCACACUCCUCAGUCUUCAGUGGAAGAUACCACCGAAUACGCUUCGGGACCAAUGUACAAGACAGCACCUCAAGUGCCCUACAAGGAGAGUCCUCGUCCGCCAGCGACUCAACCAAUUGCUACUGCGAAACCCGAACCAGUGAGACAACCACCACCACCAGCGCAGCGGUCCGAAAGAGAGAGCAUCUCGACGCGAGGAAGACCUUCGAUCCCGGACAGUCAGUCUGUUGCUAGGAAGCCUCCUAGUUCUCUGGGUCGAAUGCCGUCCAAGGGAGACAACGACAGUGGCGUGGAUGAGUCGACACAAGGCAAUGAACGCAACGGACCCGGAUCUCCUGGCUCACCAGUAAAGUCCUCAAGUAAGAUUCCCGGACUCUCCCGUCCUGCCAGCACUACGCCCUCCAUUAAGUCGCGCAGCACUUCGAAAUCUCGCUUGACCGACAAGACACCGGAAACCGCGGAUCCACCCGUGAAAAAAGCAGUUCCAAUGAAUAAGGUCCAAGUCGGAGGGGCGCCUUCACCAAACCUCAAAGCUGUCAAGUCAAAGAUCGGCUCCUUGGAGAAUGCGACUCACAAGCCGGGCGGCGGCAGGGUGAAGAUCGAGUCCAAGAAGAUUGAGAUCAAGGCUGGGCCACGGAUUGCCGCGAAGAACGACGCAUACGUGCCCGGCGGAGGAGACAAGAAGAUUGUCCAGAAUAAAUUGCAGUGGCAGGCAAAGUCCAAGAUUGGAUCGCUGGACAACGCUCACCACAAGCCUGGCGGUGGCGACAAGAAGAUUGAGUCCCAGAAGGUGGACUUCAAGGGCAAGGCCAAGGUGGGCUCCAAGGACUACAUCAAGCACGUUCCUGGCGGCGGAGACGUGAAGAUUGCUAAUGAAGAAUAUGAUGAUGAAGAUGAAAGUAUCCAAACUCACAAGGUGGAAGUGAAGGCUCAGAGCAAGAUAGGAUCGCUGGACAACAUGAAGCACAAGCCAGGCGGUGGUGAUAAGAAAAUCUUCGACGACAAGGAUUACUUGAGGAGCAUUGAACAUCCCAUCACUCCAGCUUCACCGACUCAGAGUCCAGAACCCAAUGAUGCGUCCCCUUUUGCAGAUGAUAUUUUGAGCAAUCAGGAGUGAAUUUUUUUUUUAAUUAACAUCCCAAUAGAAAUUUCUACAAUUUUUACUCUUUCCCAUAAUAAAUAUAUAUAUUUUGUUUUAUGCUUUAAUUUGAUUGCAUUUUGAUUUGGAUCCCCAUGUGUUAAUUUAAUGGCAAGCGUUAACCAAAAGAAGUACGAGAUAUGGAGGAGGAGAUGAUAAUAUAAUUUGUAAUAAUCAUAUAGUGUUAGUUCUAUUUAAUUGAAAAUUAGGGUAAUGGAUGGCGUAAAAAAAAGAGCAGAGAAAAAUGAAGAGGGAAAAUGAGCGUUUCAUGUAUGGAGGGUAAUUUAAGACAUGAUAGCAAUUAAUUGCUUCGUUUUCUAUUAGAAUUAAUCAAUUAACCCGUAAUUGAAUUAACAGCAAAGAAUACCGCCUUUAGUAUGGAAGAAAUUUUGUGGACACGGUUUUUGGACAAAAUAUCUUUGAGAGCUGAUACUGCUAGUCACUUUUAUUGCAUGAAGUUUGUACUUUAUAUUAUUAUUUAUCAUUUAAAUUAUAGCAUAUAAUUUCAUAUUAUACUUCUCCUUUAUAUUGCAUUUCUGUUUAUUUAGAAAUUCAUAUUCUUUUUCCUUCAUUCAUCUUUGUAGAGCACUGUACGGGUUCGUUAAAGCAAAACUUGUAGAGACGAAAUAAAAGAUAAAAGGCACAAUUUUCUUUCCUUCUCAAAUUGUUGCUUUACAUGUCACAAUGCGUAUAUUUUCCUGCUUUUGCUGGAGAUCAUACUUAUGAAAAGGAAUUUCUGCAAAACAAAACAUCAAUGAAUUGGUUAUAAAUGAAUCAAUAUAACAUUGUACACCAUUUUGAAGUAGUUGAAAAGAGAGAAAAAAAAUAUUUAGCAUUAAUUGAAAGUGUAUUUUAUAAAAUGACCAUUGUAAGAGUAUAAUUAAACGUUAUUUUCACACUUUGAUUCAACCAUAGGUUACACUUAUAUAUUAGACAUCAUUCAGCAGUUAUUAUAAACAUGAAAUCUUUAAUACUGUAGCAGCAUGUUAUCAAAAAAAAGAAGUAAUACAACUAAGUAACACAAAUUGCAGAAAAUAAAUCACGUAAUAAAGUUUUUUCUUAGAAUUAAUCUGUGAAAAUAUUGCUAUACUAUUUACCACUCAAAGAAAGAAUAUAAUAAAGAUGAAAUUGUUUUUAAAUGUAGCAAUUGGAUAUUUUCUCCUUAUUUUUUCGCCUCUGGGGCUUUUUUUCUGUUGAACUUUUGCAGCAGAGCUUCGCCACUUUCUCUCAGCUUUUAAUACAUUACCCAUCCUCACUCUCUAGGAAGCCAAAUUGGACAUUUCCCACACGCAUCGCUUUCCCGUGCAAAAUUGGAUUAGGCCGUGAGGCAAAGUACCCACGAAAAAUGGUUUGUAGUGGUAUUUCUUCCAUAUCCCGGCAUUUCUUCGCAUUCCGAAUCCCUCAAAAGUCUCCCUGCACGUCGGAUUCUAUUGAUUUUUGACGGUUGUUUGUAUAUAUGUUCGUCUUUCGGAAGUGGCGUGACUUGGUGAAUAUUUCUUUUGUAUUCCCGUGAAGAAGUCAAAUGGAAAAGGGGAGACUUUUCCACUCAAAUAUUUUCCUUCCCAAAACAUUCUCUUUGCAUUGAUUUCUUUUCUGCCUUCUCAUUUGUCACACUUGUCGUCAAAUUGAUGGCUCAAUCAAUUCAUUUUGCCGACAAACAGUUCGAAGACCAUUCACGAAAUGAUAGUAAAUUAAGUUGCAAAGUGAAGAAAUGCACAAAUGGGGAAUUUUCAGCACACCUUCCGGAAUUUUAUUUUGACUCCUCGACUGAUGGGAUAAUAUUUUGAUUUCUUAGAUUAAAUCAUAAGCAAAAUUCGCAUUAAGUUUUAACCAGCCUCCUUAUGAAGGUAUAGAAGCAUAAGUUAUUGUUGAAAGACAUCAUUAAAAUCUCUUCAGAACUACAACUGUGAUAAAAGUAGUCUAAAACUGAAAGAUCUUUUCAUUUCAAACAUUCAAAAUUUUUUAUUUUCACUCUCCUCACCAUUUCUUUAAUUUUGUAGUUCAAAUUUUUCAAUGUAUCAAAGUAGCAAUUUUGCAAAAAUCUUCUCUGAAGCACUGAAUUUUGCUUAGUCGCUGAAAUCGCUUCCUUGUCAAUUGGGCCAGGUUUUCACUCUUGAGACUCGUAUUUCUUAGCGCCUAGCCCGAGUGUUUGCGCCAUUUGUCACGUAAAUCUGCAGACGUUGGAGCACGCUGAGUCGCGCAAGUCCAUUUCAGACGCUCAGCUCUUCGACUCAAUUGCACUAAUUCGAUGAGAUCUUG